CGAAGGACAGUCGGGGAUCCGGACACGUACUCCCAAACAAACGCAGUGGAUGACAAGAAGAAGGUCGAGGCAGGCAGACUAUCUCCUUAAAUGAGGCUGAGAAAACGCCUUCUCCUUCCUCCUGCGUUAUAGAUCCGGAUAUUUCAACUAUGCAAACUUUCAAUAUGUGACGUUUGAGUGCCAACUAUGGAUGAUGCUUUGCUCCAGCGGGUAUGCAGCCUGGCCACUGCAUUCCGCCAGUCGGCUCAUCUCCUCCUAGAUCAUAAGCAUAAACUCUCCUUGGACACAUGGACCCUCGGAGAAAUCCAAGAGGCCUUCAGCCUGAUCCUGGAGAUGGAGCAGCACACCAACUUCCACGUGCUGCCCCCCAACCACCGCCAGCACCCGGCCAUCCCGCACCUGCAGUUCAUCUACGACUUGCUCAGAAGGUCUUUGGGCUUCGGCUCUGGGUCAGGCAUGCAGGCCUCGGUCUCCCACUGAACGAAACCAUCAGCCUGAGAUGCUUCCGCAACCUCCAAACCUUAGAGAUGGACCACAUCCCAGUGACGAGCAUGAAGGCUUUACAGACACUGCGGCCAACCCUCAAGUCAGUCACUAUUGUGAAGGGACUGACGCAGCUCAGUGACCUUUUCAUCAGAUGUGGCGCUGACAAGGCUGGGGAAUUUGCCUGGGAGCAGUUACAGGAGGCAGUGCUGGCUCACAAUGCUCUCCAUAGCCUUGACCAAAGCUUGAAGCUACUUCCAAACCUGAAGGUACUAGAUCUUAGUCAUUGUGAGCUAGAGGAUGCCUCAGCGCUGGAGUACCUGCCAACAGUGACUAUGCUGGACAUCAGUCAUAACAGACUGCGGCUCCUUCCUCGUCUCUCGCCCACUGCCACCUACUCGCUCUCCAUACUCAUUGCAAAUAAUAACCUGAUUUCUCACAUAAGUGGCUUACACGACAUGAGCAACAUAGAGGAGCUCGACCUUCGGGACAACGUGCUCUGCAUGAACGACGUGUUGUCUCCCAUCGGUGCCUUACCACACUUGCGAAUCCUCCAGAUUUCAGGAAACCCUCUUGCCUGGGACAUCAACUACAGGAUUCACACCAUCAGGCUGAUGAAUCCUGCCACUGCCAAUCACAAGGUGCUUCUCGACAAUGAGGCUUUCACAAAUUUGGAGAGAGCAACCGUAGGAAUAGAAUCAGUCCCGGCCGGCUCUCCCUACUCCCCUGAACUCCUUUCAUCACUCUCCUCACUCUCUUCCUUGUGUUCACCAGUGCAGCCAUUCCUCACCACACCGGGCACGCCCUCCAUGCCAUUCCUUUCGCCCAAUAGAGCCUCAGAUUCUAUUCAGCCGGCCUCCAUGGGGUCUCAGCCAGCUAGCCUUGUCCACGAGUCAGUGUCGGCAUCACUUAAAAGUUCAGGAAAUGGUCAGACUCGCAGGAGAUCCAGGAAGAAGGUGACGAGACACAUUGACAUCGCAGAUCCAGACGAGGAAGAGUGGGACAGUGAGAGUAUCCAGGUGGCAGAAAACGAUGGGUUUGAUCGACUGGGAUCAGGACACGUGUCUCUGUUGGAUGGUGUGCCAGAUCCUCCACCUCCAAGCUUGGCCAUUGGUCACACUUUUCCACCCGUGAGCGGCGACACAGUUUCCCAAGCCCUCUCCACCCUUUCUCUCAAGGCAGAAGUCAGACCCACUGCCUCUGAACAGUCUGACAGACUCUUAGAGGAAAUUCUCCAAUCAAAAACCCAGCCAGGGAUUCAAGGGUCUUCCAGUGAGGAUGUUCCAGAGUCCACAGAGAACAGCGGCAAGCUGCCAACCACUUCAGCAGGCAACCAAAGAAGUACCACAGAAGGCAAAGCUGUAGGUGUUGCAGACACACAUGGAAAAGAUUGUGUGGAUGUGGCCUCAAGUCAAGUCACAGGAGAGGAAGAGAAUGUUGCUGACGAAAAGAAAGACAACCAGAGCAUAGGGUCAGGUCUGGAGUCCAGCUUCUACCGAGGCAGUGCCACCUUCUCAAGGCAUUCGUCGGAAGAUUUGACACCACCUCAUAGUGAUAGUGAAGAUGAAAAGGAUGAGGUUCAGUUAAUGCUAGCUAAAAGGGAGAUGGAAACGCCAGAUGAAGGGAAACCGGCAAAGCCCCCAGCGGAAGCCAGCAACGAAGGAGAGACGGAGGACAGUGAAAAGGCAGAGGAUUCUUCUCUGCAAGAUGUCAUCCUGGCCAUCACAACGUCACACUUUAAGGAGAAGCACAAUUUUACAGCCAGGACAUUGUACAAGUGGGAACUUCUUUGUAUUGAGAGUAUGGAGCUAUUAUCAACGUCACCUCACAAGAUACUUAUUACAUUUAGUACAAUAAGACCAGCAUAUAAGACAAGAACAUAUGUACUGGAUCCAGCAGAUUACCAGAGUUUAGCGGCUGUACUUACUCCAAUCCUGGAGAGAAACGCCUUCCAGGAGGUGCUCCACUCAGCCAUGAAGUGCGUCAAGUGCGAGACUCAGUUCUCCCGGGAUCUCGCCCAACAGAGUGAAGGUACCCUCAAAUGCCCAAACUGUGGCGGAGGAGUGGUUGUGAGAGCGGAGAAUGUUGACCAUCCCAACACUGCCUUCCGUGUGCAAGACGGACCCAGAAGCAGUACACCCAUCACUCAGGCAGUGGUACAGAAUGCCCCUGCAACGGCUCCCUCUUCAGAGUCUGAUUCUUGUCCUGGGGAGUCCAGUGAGAGUGUGAGCGUCUGUAGUGAAGCCUCAUCCUGCGUGCGCCGGGAGUCUGACGUGGAGGUCAUAUCUAACCCAUCUGUGUCUAGCAUUGAGGUCCUCAGUGAGCAGCAGAUUAUUCAUGAUGUCAUUUUAGAAGAGGAGGGAGAGGAACAGAAACCACCCAUACCUGCAGUGCUCAAUACCGACGCCCGAAGCCCAGCCAAUUCUCCGAGCAUCAACCACAAGCCUGAAUUACAAACAAAUAUGCAGGAAAGCAGCUCUUCAGGUUCCAUGACAGGGAGCGUGUGCACAACCUACGAGAAGAUGGGCUCAGCCCCCACCUCCCCCCUGAAGCUGUCCUCCCAGCAAGCUCAGACAGACAUGGUAGAUUCUAAGGACAAGGGAGCUGACAGCAGCCACGAUUCAUCGAACUUGUUAUACAAAACAGCGGAGUCUUCUCUCCAAGUGUCUAUGGCUAUGGCAGGUACUUCUCCACACUCUGCUGGAAGCUCCCCUCGCCUUCUUAGCUCAAGCUCUACUAGCAUUGACACGGUUAAGAAUGGAACCUCAUCACCCACCCUUCACCACAAGGGAGUCAUGACAAGCAUCCAGGGCGACCAAACCUUGAGUGAAGAGGUUGAACAGAAAAGCUUGGCAUCUUGGGUGCAGUCGUUGCUACACACAUUGACAGGCUAUUAUUGGCCAUGGUGGGAAGAGGUGGAGAAUGCAGAAGGGGUGGAGAAGAGCGUCAACCCCAUCCGCUACUCCUACGAGGACUUUGCUGACGUAGACCACCGGCUGAAGCUCCACUGCGAUGUCAUACUUUUCCAUGAGCCAGGAGAGCAGCUAAUGGGCUUAGUGAAGGCUGUGCUGCUUAUUCAGGGUGGAAAGAGAGAGUUCCAGGGUAUAUUGGCUGUGUCUAAUAAGAAGCUGUAUAUAUUGGAAAUCAUUGCUCAGGAAGACGACAGCCCCCAGACUUGGCUGGAGUUGAAUUCGUGCCACGGCCUUAAUGAAGUCACAACAGUACACAGCCUCUAUCAACGUCAGGGACUUGCACUUAGUGUGGCAGACUCCAUUGUGUUGGUUUCUCUGGCAGAUUCACACCGUGCAAAUUGCUUUUUCAAUUUCCUAAGCGAGACACUAGAGGAAUGUGGGAUCAGCCCUAACAUACAAGAAUGCAGCCCAGCACAAGAGGAGGUUCUUGCGGACAUUGUGAAGGAAGCCGUUCCCCCGAGCGAAGACGAGGGCUCACUCUCCAUCUUUGCCGUUGUUUCCCUCCUCCUUGAGGGCGGCUGCAGCGAGAGUCAGUUUCUAGUGAUAACGGAGACGGACUUAGUGAUGUUCCAUGCUGACUUGGAGUGGUAUUUGCCCCCCGCUCCAGCCUCCAAACUCAAGCUGAAUCAGACGCAGAAGAUAGCUAAUAUAACUGCCAUUGAGGUGCACAGUGACAGCCACAUCGCCCUCCAGUUCUUGGACGAAGUGACGGGGGCCGAGUCCUCGUGGAUGCUUCACGUCACGUCUUCGGUUGCCGCCUGCCACAUCAUCCAGGCCAUCCGAACUCCCUGGAGCCAGCUCUUCAAUGUCGAUCUUCAGGAUUUCAUAGGCGUAUACCGGACGAAGGAGGGGGACUUGCUGAGCAUGACCAGGAUGUUGACUGAGAGCGUCUCCCAAGAGGUUCAGAGAGAAGCACAGGACAGCAAAGGCCCACAACAGGCAGCACGAGAAUGGUACCAGGUGGCAGCUAUUCCCGGAAAGCUCAAAUACGAUCCCAAAUAUCCCAUUCUAGGUUACAGUGACUUAAGCUCCCAGAAUGUUCAUGGUGAGGGAGGUGACGAUGAGAUGAACCAAUAUGAGACAUAUGAAGUCAAAAGUGAGAAGCACAUAACCAGUGAUUGCUAUGUCGAGGAUAGUGUCACUAUGAAUAAAGAAACAAAGGAAAUGCCAAAGUCUAAUGUAUAUGAUGAAACUAUAAAAACGGCACCAGUAUUUGAGGAAAAGAGUAAUGGUGACUCUACUGUGUUAUUUGGAGAUGUAACAUAACGGUAGUGUGCCAUUUUUGCUUGUGGAAUAAUCUAGUUGAUGCCUUAAGAAAUCAUACAAAAUUUGCAGCGUAAAAUGGCAGCUUGAAGGGAAAUUAAGUAAUGCUUUUCUUUGAUAUUUAAUUAAUCGUUUUGUGAAAUGGUUGCUAAAAAAGGAUUGUAAGUGAUAAUUCCUUAAUUAUCAACUCAGGGUAAGGAUGGUAGCUAUUCUGUGGUAGUGAAUGAAUACUUUUAUUAUGAUUUAGAAAGAAAUAUACCAGUUAUAAUUAUAUAUUUUUCAGAGUUGGUUAUUUUUUAACGUAUAUGUAUAUACUAAUGCUUACAUACCCCCCAGCCAUUUUAAAUCUUGAAUAUUUUCUGAUAAAAUUCACAUGCAUUAUAUACUUGUUUAUGAAUGUAGUGAAGAUAAAAUUAAAGGAUGCCAGCAUAUA